AUGUCAGGAGUACCUAUGUUUAAUAUACCUAAUACGAGGAAGCAUCUUAAUAGCACACCGCUUCCCUCGCUCUCAAUACCUGCAAAACACAAUAAUACCAAACCAAAACUACUGUCGAAUACACGAGAAGACGGCAUCUUUGAAUCGCAGCUCGACCAAUUUAUCAGUCCAAACGACGACGAAGCGUACCGAGGAAACACAGCUUUAGCCGACUUGUAUACCAAGAAUGCACAAUACCACUUACCACAAAGACCGCAACCUAGCUAUAAUACGAAUUCAAGAUCUUCGUCCUCGUCCUUGACGUCGUCCACAACUCCAGUAACUGCACAAUCUACAGCUUCUUCAGCUUCUGGUAAACUAAAGAGGAAACCACCACCACCGCCAUGUACCACACUAGAUCUACCGCUGAUUGGCGACGAAAGUGUAGUAUCACCAGCAGAGCCGUCCGAUUUACUGGUUGACGAUGUAGCAAUGGAGAUGUCUGAGCAGGAUGACGAAGUAAGAAACACGUGUGUUGAUGAUGUGUUGAAGCAGAACUCGCAAAGUCACAUUCAUUAUGAGCAACCACCAAACCUCCCGAGCUCUUCUGCCGUUUCAAAUAAACACCACUUGGAGAAUCUAACGCCCUACGACUGGCAUUUUUUAGCAAACAACAAUCAAAUCAAAGAGAUUUGUAAACUCGGGGAGGGCAACGGUGGAGCCGUGAGCAAAUGCCUCAUUCCUCAAAUACCAUCCACACAAAUUUUUGCACUAAAACUAAUAGUUACAGAUUCAGAUCCUCAAGUACAAAAGCAAAUUAUCAGGGAGUUGGAAAUUGCAAGAAAAUGCCAACAUCCAAAUAUAGUCAAGUAUUAUGGCACUUUUCUAUUGGAAAAACUAUCAAUGAUUGGUAUCACGAUGGAAUAUAUGGAUGGUCAGUCAUUAGACUCUCUAUAUAAAGAAGUCUUAAAAAGAGAUCAAACUAAUAGAAUCAAUGAGAAAGUUUUGGGAAAGAUUGCACGUUCAAUGCUAUCAGGGUUGGAUUACUUGCACCUGAAAAACAUUAUUCAUAGAGAUAUAAAACCGUCAAAUGUGUUACUUGAUUCAAAAGGAAACGUUAAGCUAUGCGACUUUGGUGUUAGUGGAGAAGCAGUCAAUUCCUUAGCCUCCACUUUUGUUGGUACACAAUAUUACAUGGCACCAGAACGAAUAACGGGUAAGACAUAUUCUAUAACAAGCGAUAUAUGGUCUCUAGGAAUGUCCAUGUUAGAAGUGGCAAAUGGAAAAUUUCCUAUAGACUUGAGAUUAGGACCAAUUGAGGUUGUUGAGAUGGUGCUGAGAAGUGAGUUGACGUUGAAAGAUAGCGAAGAGGACCAGAUAUAUUGGUCGAAACAAUUUAAACAGUUUAUUUCGAGAUGUUUAAUCAAAGAUUGUAAAGCACGACCAGUGCCGAGAGAGUUACUAGCUCAUGACGAAUGGUGUUUAUUGCAACUGAAAGAAAAAGUAAAGAUGGACAAAUUUGUCAAAGUUGUAUGGGAGCUAAAUGAUUAG